AUUUAAUUUAAAUUAUCACACAAAGACGUCAAAAAAAUUAGUUUAUUAUAUGAUUUUCUAUUUUAAUCUUUUUGGUCAAAUGAUUUUUUUGUUUUAAUUUUAUUUUUCAUAACUUCAUCAAUUGGUGCGAUUCAUUCAUAUGUUUUUCCAAUAUACGAAAAACAAAAGAAAAAAUAAAUAAAAUAUUACCGUGUCUGCGUUUUAAACCCAUACGAUAAUCGCUCCUCUCUUUCAGCGCCUCUCGCCGCUGCAUCGUCGUUAGCCCGUCCGUCGCAGUCUCACCGCGUCUGCACGUCCAUCGCUGCCGUGUCCAAACCGCGGUGAAGAAGAAGCCGAUUCAAAUGAGCAAGUAUGGCUUGAACCUUAGGCCUGCAAAGCCGAAGAAGCAGCCACCAAGGCCUUCCAUUGCCCUUCCAUUUGGCUUUGAUGAAGAUGAUGAUAAUAAUGUCGAGAGAGAAAUUGCGAUCCAGGCUAGCAAGAGUAAGAGUCUCAAAGACGUUGAGGAGCAGCAAAAGAAAGCAUUGGAAGAAGAUCCAACCAUAUUUGACUAUGAUGGAGUCUAUGACAAAAUGAAAGAGAAAAUUACUCGUCCAUUGAUACAAGAUCGUGAAGAGAGAAAGCCAAAAUAUAUCCAAAACCUGAUUAAGAAAGCAAAAGAGCGAGAACAGUAUCGUGAGAUUGUAUAUGAGAAAAAGAUUGCCAAAGAGAGAAGCCAAGACGACCAUCUCUAUGCUGACAAAGACAAAUAUAUCACUGAAGCAUAUAGAAGAAAGCUUGCCGAACGAGAGAAACAGAUGGAACUUGAACGUCUCCGGGAACUUCAAGAGGAAAGAGAGGAUGUUACAAAGAAGAAGGACUUUUUGGUUGAUUUUUAUACAAACCUUGAUAAAAAUAUUGCUUAUGGUGCAAAAGAUGCGCAAGCGAGAAAACGUGACCGUCAAGCUGAGAAUAGAGUUCCAGAGACACCUGAGGAAACGUGUUCUGAUGCAUCAAAUCAGCACCAGCGUGCUAAUACAUCAGAUGAAGAGCAACGUUCAUUGGCUCACGCAAGUUCGUCAGUAGAGCCUUCAGGGAAAAAGAUUGGCGACCAGGGUGAAACUUCCGAUCUGUCUAACAGAAUUGCCAGUCCCUUGGAUAUGAAGCCAAACCUUGCAAUUUCUUCUGAUGAAAAGAAUUCAGUUGAGCAGCCAUCAGCUUCUCAACCGAAUCCGGAACAUCACAAAAGAAGUCAAGAUACCGUGGCUGCAGCCAAAGAACGUUUUCUGGCACGUAAGCGAGCAAAGGAACAGUGAACAUUUUCCUGUCUGUGCUCAGAGAUGUCUAGUGACACAUUGGUCUGUUUAGUCGUUAAUACUCAUAAUGUUAUGUCACAUUAAAUGCUAUAGAACUUGUGACUCACAUAUUGAACUGGUUGAGAUUCUCCCUUUGAGCUCUUUACGUUUAGGGAUUUUGUAUCUAUCUUUCUUUUAAUCAUCA